CCUCCUCCUCCUCCUCCUCCUCCUCGCCCAUCUGGCCGCGGCUCGGCCCGUCCCCACCGCGCUCGGCAGCUGCCGCCGCAGCAACAUGUUGCCCAGGGGAGCCUCGUCCAUGCCGCCGCCUCCCAACCCCGCCGCCUACUUCCCGCCCCCCCGGGUCACUUUGCCCUCCGGCCUGGAGAUCCUGCGCACCUACUCGGGAGCCGUCAUCUUUCUGGAGAUCCUGUUUGGAACGAUAGUCUGGAUUUUGGUAGCUUCUACCCGAGUUCCACUGCCACUGCUGCAGGGAUGGGUCAUGUUUGUAGCGGUGACUGCAUGGUUCCUGUCCAUUGUGUUCCUGUGUGUGUUCCUCUUCGGUUAUGCAAAUAGAAUUGCUGUCAACUGGAACCAGACAGAUUUUCUUUUCCAUGGGGCUACUUUUGUCUUUUACUUUGGAGCUUUUCUACUGCAAGCAGCAACUACGUCUCUGCAUCACUUUCCCCGCAAAUUCAAUUCCACCACACAAGAGAAGAUUCUAGCUGAUCAUGAAUAUAACAUAAGCAUAGCAGCCUCGAUUUUUGCCUUUGCAACAGCUGUUUGUUAUGGUUGCAGCACAGCGUUGGCAUUAAGGAGAUGGAGGCUAUAGCAGUUGAAGAAAAGUUAAUGCCUGAGUAUUCCACUUCAGAUCAAAUCAAGUGCUACUUGUCUGUUUUACUGUAAUCUAAUUCCAAGAAGACUUUUUUUUGCUUAAAAUCAGUUUUAAAGUACUGAAAUGCAAAUAACCCCUAAUCAGAAUUUCCUUAACAGAAAACAAGUUUCCAUCUCUUCCCUUUCUAAUUUUUACUUUUAUUGUGUACUCUUUAGAAGCAUACUCAUUGUAUGGUAUUACAGAGUUCAGGGAUAAACAGAUGUGUCAUUAGCAGAUAACAGAAUUCUAGUGCUAAAUCAGAAGAGGAAGAAAAUGGAAACUAAACCAACAUGUUAACUGCAUAGGCAGCUAAAAAGCUCCCUCCUUGUUAAAUCCUGUGAUUGAGCCUUCAGUGUUUUGCAGCGUUACAGUGCAUUCCAUGCAGGUAGAGCCUUGAGGGUCCUUGUGGAGUCAUGGGUUUUCUGUGUGCUGCUCCUCAUAUGAUCAGAUCCCAAGCUGACUUUGUGAUACCAACUUAGUAUAUAUAUUAUUAACUUCGAUGUACAAAGAAAAUAUUUUAAAUAUCCAUCCCGUGAAAUCUUUUGAUACUCUUUUAUAGCCAUAUCCAGCUAUGGUCAUCUGAUCCUUAAAGCUUACUGUAUUCCUUAGUAGAUGGAAACUGCUUGGGACUGUCAGUCAGUAGUUCAUUAGUUUUAGGAAUUUAGUUUAAUCAGAUCUAUUUAUACUACAAAACAAAACAGUGCAUUUAUGUUGUGUGUGUAUAUACAUGGUAUAUUUUUGUUUAACAGGAAUAUUUGCACUGUUUUACUUUGUUGGAGUACAGCUUUGUUUUGUUACUUCAAGUGCUGCAUUUGUUACUUAUGUGAGUCAAUAUCAUUUGAAUGGAAUGUUACCAAAUGGUGAAUAAUGUCUGACCUCAAUUCUUGCAGUGUAUUAUUUGCUGCAUUCUAAAUCUGCAGUGUUGUAAAGGUGUUUUUAUUUGGACAGAUGCCUAUGCAACAUCUUACUGAAAGCAGUGGAAUGCAAAGCAGUCCACCCACUAUGGAGUUUGCUUUUGGCACGGAGUUUAAUUGAGCUUCUCUUGAAUAUCCCUGUUGUAUAAUGACAUGCAAUAUUAUAUACAGAAAAUUAAUUUAACAAAGCUAAACAAUAGCAUUGCAUUCUGCUCCCUAACACUCAUGCCAUUUUGCAGAUGGUGAAACUUUUUUUUUUUAUAAUACUAGUAAAUAAUUUUUGCUCUUGUGAAUAGUGCCAAAUUGGUAACCUGGGAGAAUAAAGGCUACCUGUCAUUCGUAAAAGAGCUUGCUCACCACAUCUUGCUAGUGCACCUGAAUAUUCUACAGAGACCAGUAGUGGUUGGGUAAGGGAAGACAGGACUUUCUUCAUUCCCAGGCCUACUCAUUCUCCUUGAGCCAACAAGGGUGUCUGCUAUGAAGGUUAGUUUAUCAAACUUGUCAGGUACAAGGAUCUCUGAGAGCCAGACACCCUCAGUAGUGCCCUGCAGUCCCUACUGGCCCAGGACAGGUUCUUAUGGAUGACAUAGCAGUGAGUGGCAGCCCUUCUGACUACUGGAACCAUUUGGUCGUCCUGAAUUGCUGCAAUGGGAUGUUUUCAUAUAUCUUGUUUUCUGAAAUUUUUAUCUUCCAAAGAUUUUGUACUCUGGCUGAUUUUAUUUUUUUUUUUUCUAAUUCUCUACUUGCAUUGAAACUUGUUUUGUGAACAUUUUAUCUAGAGCCGUAUACUUUUAAAAAUACUUCAUAUUGUAUAAAAUACAUUUACACUGGAGUAUAUGGAUGAAAGUAUGUACCAGACUUAUGCUAGGCAGCAUUAAAGUUACUUAUAUUUAUGGCA